AUGGGCAGGUUGGACAGGCACGGUGCAGGGGGCUCGUAUACAGACUUAGGCGCGUGUAAUGUGCUGUGCAGGCCCCAGUCCGUUCUGGAUUUUGCGGGGACACCUCUACUGGCUGCCAGCUACCGUGAUGGUCAGUGGUGGUGUGUGGAGCUGGCGAGAGCAAGGCAGACAUGUUUCGCAGAAAGUGAUGUGUGCGACAUCGUCGGUUCAAACCUUCGAAGCCUGCUUGGGCUGUGUUCCAGUGCAGAUGCAUCAGUGAGGGAUGCCGCGCAUUACACUAUUCGCAUUUACGGCAGCAAUGGAGUACCUUUUGUGAAGCAGCUGAUUGCGGAAACUAUGCUUGGCCUCAUGGAGAACUUGCUGCUAGAGUCCACGGAAAUCAGCCCAGAGGCCUCGAUCCAGGUUAUGCUGUGCACACAGCAUGUUGACAACUUGUUGCAAGCACUGGAGAGAACGCAACGUCAACAAUGGGUCUCCCUGCUGGUCAGAGUCCUACGUGCACAGCAGGGAUGCCGAAAGGAGUUGGUUCACGGCCUCAAGCUUCUUUGGAGAGCUGAUGACGAUCCCAGACGAAGCUAUGCCGAAGCAGAGCAGCACCUGAGGGCCCGGGCUUUCCCAAGAGCCGUGCGGCGAGAACUUGUUGAGUUGCUGCAGUCUGCCUAA